ACCUCCUCUUCGCUGCAUACCUGCCCGCGCCGCGUCCUCUCCACUUGACCUCUCCCACAUACGACGCUUCGAUGGACCCCGGACCGUCGUCGCGCCCCGCCGGCGCGCAGAAGCGCCGCGGCGGCAAGAAGCGUGCGCCCAACACCGGCUCGCACGCCGAGGAGGACCUGGCAAAGCAGGCCCACUCGAUUGCCCGCUCCACGCGCAUCCCCGUCUCGCUGCAGCAGGCCGCUCCUCUGCCCGGUGCGCGCCCGCCGAAGUCGCUCGGCAAGAUCGAGGACAAGAAGCUGCGCGCCAAGCUCGCCCGCACGGCCCUCGAGCAGCGGCGGGCGCAGGAGCACGCUCGGCUGGCCGACGACUUCCUCAAUGCGCCUGCGCCCGGCGAGGAGGCCGGUCUGAUCGAGACUGAGACGGCGCUCGAGCGCACGGCGCGCAUCACGCAGCGUGAGAUCCGCGAGAGUGUAGCCGUGGACUCGGCACGGAAGUCCUUUGCCCUGGACCUCUCCGGUGGCAAGGCGUCGGUCGGGCUCGGGCCGUACCGGCACGACUACACACGCAACGGGCGACAUCUGCUUCUGGGUGGCCGCAAGGGCCAUCUCGCUGCAUUCGACUGGCAGGCUGGAAAGCUGCUCUGCGAGAUCCAGGUGCAGGAGACGGUGCGCGACGUCAAGUGGCUGCACAACACGAGCUUCUUCGCUGCGGCGCAGAAGAAGUACACGUACAUCUACGACUCGCAGGGCGCCGAGGUGCACCGCUUGAAGGAUCACAUUGAGGUGCAGCGCAUGGAGUUCCUGCCGUACCACUUCCUUCUCGCUACUGUUGGCAACGCGGGCUACCUGAAGUAUCAGGACACAUCGACCGGCCUGCUGGUGUCUCAGCAUCGCACCGGCCUCGGCGCCUGCUCGACGAUGGCGCAGAAUCCGCUCUCUGCCGUGAUCAAUCUGGGACACGCCAACGGCACCGUGACGAUGUGGACGCCGAAUCUUUCUACCCCGGCGCUGAAGAUGCUGGCGCAUCGGGGCCCGUUGAGCGGCAUUGCUGUCUCGACCCGGGACGGCGGACGCGAGCUUGCGACGAGCGGACUGGACGGCGGCAUCAAGGUGUGGGACGUGCGCAUGCUUGGCCGGGGCGCUGUUAGGGAGUGGACGAGCCGGAAGCCGGCGAGCGACCUGAAGUACUCGCAGCGCGGACUGCUUGGAGCCGCGUGGGGUAGCCACGUCAGCAUCUACAACACAAAGGCGCCGCUCGGCAACGCACCGCCAGGGCCCUACCUGACGAACGGCUUCCCUACCGGCCCGCCCAUCAGUAUCGGCUUCUGCCCGUUCGAGGACGUGCUCGGCGUGGCGCAUGCCAAGGGCUUCGACUCCCUCGUCGUGCCCGGCUCGGGAGAGCCGAAGUACGACUCGACCGAGGCAGAUCCGUAUGAGAACAAGAACAGCCGCCGCGAGCGCGAGGUGCACGCGCUGCUGGACAAGAUCCAGCCCGACAUGAUUACGCUCGACCCGGCCAUGCUUGGACAGCUCGACACGCCAGGCUCUCGCUCGGCUGAUCAGCCGCGUGCUGGCUCGCCUCCGGCAUCUGGGCAGCUGGCGAAGGCCGCCGACGGCCGGCCGUAUGCUCGUCUCACGCGUCUGGAACGUCUGCGUCUGGAUGGAGCGGCAGACGAGGGCGAGGAGCCGGCUGUAGCGCACGGCGGUCGCGGCGACGACAGCGACGACGAGCCCGAGGCGGACCCGAACCAGGCGCUCACGGGCAGCUACGGCUCUGCCGCCGCGCCGGCGAAGGGCGUCAAGGAGAAGCACAAGAUGCGCGGCAAGAACUCGGCCAUGAAGCGCUACCUCCGCAAGCAGAAGCAGAACGUCAUCGACCCCAAUGCACUCGCCGUGCGUGCCAAGCUGGCGCGUGCGAAGGACGAGAGAUCAGCCCAGGCGAAGCGCGAUGCCCGCGUGGCCGCCGGCCUGCCCGCCGAGGAGGUCGACAACUCUGCCCUCGCCUACUUCAGCAAGAAGCGCGGCCGUGGCGCCAAGGCAUAGUAGCGUCCCGCCGCACAAUCACAUUCUGUGCGCAAUAUCGUUCUUCUCCACUAGUGUCGCUCGAGCAGGUCCUGGUGGUCGGGUGGCCGCUGGUGACG